CUUUCCUUAAAUAGAAAUAUAAAUAGUUUCUUGUUGUCGCUCUUCGUUUUCUUGGGAGAGCAAUGCUGUAAUAAUGUAAAAACAAACUUAUUCAAAUGCAGAGAGAGGGAAAAUCCAGUGUUUUUUGUGAAUAAAUCUUUAGUUUCUUAAUAACAAUACAGCGUUGCUUCGACCCAAUCGAUCGUUUCGAUUCGAUUACAGAAUCGAAUCCAAAGUGAACCCAAACCCAUAUGAUUUGUUGCGAUUAACCCUUUCUCUCCCACCUUUUUCUUUUUCUCUCUUUUGAUUAUUCACUCAAAAGUUUUCCCAUUUUUCCCCUAUCAAAAACGGACCCUCAAAUUUUGGAUUAGGGUUCGAAUUCUUUGACCUUCAAAUUCAUUCCGAACGAAGAAUAAGUAAUGGAUCGCACAUGUUGUCAUGUUUCUCUCGCUUUCAUCCUCAAAUGCUUCAAUUUUCUUCAAGCUUUUGUUGGGGUUUCGAUUAUAGUCUAUUCUGCAUGGAUGCUUGAUCGCUGGAACCACCAUGUUCCUGUUUCUCCGCCUCCUCCUGUACCGGCUUUGGCUCCUUCUCCGGCGGCUAGUUCGGUUUCGUUUUAUUUAAAUUCUGAAUCAGUCACCGUUGCCGAUCGCAUCACAGCUAUGGAUAUAGCUGCCGAUUUCAUUCCUGAGUUCAAUAUGGAAGAAUUAAAGCUUGAACUGAACGCCUUUAAGCUUCCAGCCCCUUGGUUCAUCUACUCAUUCAUGGGAUUUGGCGUCUUGUUGUGUUGUAUUACUUUAGUUGGCUGUAUUGCAGCUGAAGCAAUAAGUGGCUGCUGCCUCUGUUUCUAUAACAUGCUUAUAAUGCUAUUUAUUAUCGUUGAAGUGGCUCUGGUGGCAUUUAUUGCAAUUGAUCGCCGGUGGGAGAAGGAUCUUCCGUUGGACCCAACUGGUGAACUAGACGAACUUAGGCAAUUCAUUGAAGACAACAUUGAUCUAUCCAAGUGGAUUGGUAUCGUUGUGAUUUCAACCCAGGCAUUGUCUUUGCUGCUAGCAAUUAUUCUGAGAUCCAUGGUUUCAACCCGUAAAACUGAGUAUGACACAGAGGAGGAGGUUGGUGUUCGAGAUAGAACACGGGAGCCAUUGCUUAAUCCACCAGCAAAUCAAGCUGCUGGUGCUCAUUUUGACCUUUGGGGCGCCCGCAUGAGAGAAAAGUAUGGAUUUAACAACAGUGACAGAUACAAUUCAUCAAACCAAAGUACGUAAAUCAGGCAGGUGAAACAGAAAGCCUUCCUUGCGCAGAUCAGAGGAACCACGACUUUACUACCAGAUUCUCUCUUUGCUACAUUGUUAUUUAACCUUGGACUUCAAUCGAAAGUCUCAAGGAGAACUGGUCAUUGGUGUCUGUAAGUUACUGUUCCACUAUGUCGUGUGCUUUGAUUUUUGGUUGGUCAGAUAGGAUAGAUUUCAAUCAGCUUUGUGAAAGAAUGGGAGGUUGUGGUGUGUAUGAUGAGGUGUGAAUAUCAUCGAAGUUGAGGAAUUUGAUUGAGUUCUAUUUUUCCA